GUCUCUCUAAUCUGUGGUGAUAACUUUGUGUGUUGUCUUUCGUUUAAUUUAUCUACUUUUAUCUAUUUUAUAUUUACAUUAGUGAUAAAAGUAUUUAAAAUUUCCGUAUUUUAUUGUCAAGAUGCCUCACUUCAGAAUAGAAACCAAUUUGCCAAGAACCAAAGUUCCUCAGGACUUUGUAUCAAAAGCUAUUCCAGUACUAGCUAAAGCACUUGGGAAACCAGAACAGUACUGCGUGGUGAGCGUUGUUCCAGACUUAUUAAUGAGUUUUGGAGGUAGUACAGAGCCUUGUGCUAUUGCCAACUUAAUGUCAAUUGGAUCCCUUGGCGUGGAACAGAAUAAAAAGCAUGCUAAAGUUCUGUUUGAACUAGUUGAAAAGGAAUUAGGUGUCCCUUCGGAUAGGAUGUACAUAACAUUCCAAGAUGAACCCACAGGAAAUGUUGGAUUCAAAGGAACUACCUUCCAUGCUAUAUUUGGUUAAAAGACAUUAUUUAUAGGAAACAUAUUUCUUUAUUUACUCUUUAUAAUUGGGUUUUAUUAUAUAUUUAUAUGUAAUAGGUAUCUCACUGAAAAAAUAUCUACAUAUUUACAUUAUUUUGUAACGGUGUAUUUAAAAUGGCAAAUGCAAGUAUGUAGGUAUAAUAGUGUAUUUUGAGAUUAAAAAAUGUUAUUCUGUUUA